AUUCGCUACCUGACAAACCCUGACCAAUAGAAUAUAGCAGAACAACACCUGUAGAUUCUCCGCAGUUUUGUAACCUGUCUAUUACGUCGGACGCCAGUCGGUGAGCGAAUGCAAACCCUCGCGCAGGUUACCGAACAAAGAUGGCAGCCGUGGCACGCAAAUGUCAUGUUGUGAUCAGUUUUGUGAUUGUGCAGUGUUUAGUGUCAAUAUCCUGGUGUCAGUUCGAUUCUGGAGGACGUUAUUAUUCCAGGGAUGGAUUGUACGGCCCUCCGAACCCGGGCGAUCGCGAUUACAGAACUUACACGUAUAACAAUAGACGCUAUGGGCAAAACCUGCCAGGACAGAAUGGCUUGCCUGGUGUGCCAGCGUAUCCUGGACAGCCUGGAUAUUAUCCUAAUCAGGACGACAGGAAUAGAUACAGCCCAAAUAAUCCAGAUGGUUCGCCUCGAACACCAUUCCCUGGCGUGUUGGGUGGUUGGCGAGACGAUUUGCAAGGUAAACAAAGACGAGACUCCAUCACUCUUGACCGCGACAUAUUUGUUACGACAAAUUAUGGACAAGUUCAAGGUUUUAAGGUGUAUUUAUAUGAUAAUCCCGAUCCAUCAUAUAGACCAUGGAACAACGUAGUGGAUCGCAUAUUCGGACAUGCAAAUGUUUUCUUAGGAAUUCCAUAUGCUAUGCCACCAACUUUGGAAGGAAGAUUUAAGCCUCCUAGACCUCAUCGAGGUUGGCAGCAACUGCAAGCCGUCGAUUUUGGACCCGCUUGUCCACAACCGGCCAGAUACACAGGCGCCACGAAAGGAAUCCGAGAUGUUGAUGAGGACUGCCUUUACUUAAAUGUUUUCUCUCCGAAUAUUGCGGCUGGAGUGGCGGAAAAAUACCCUGUAAUGGUAUACAUUCAUGGAGGCGAAUUUUACAAGGGGGCAUCGAACCUAUUUCCUGGUCAUAUGUUAGCUGCUUUUUACGAUGUGGUCGUUGUUUCAAUUAAUUACAGAUUGGGUGCUCUUGGUUUCUUGAGCACUGGCGAUGAAAAUUCGCCUGGGAAUUAUGGUAUUCUAGAUCAAGCCAUGGCUAUACGUUGGGUUUAUGACAAUAUCGAAUUUUUCAACGGUAAUCGAAAAAGCAUUACGCUUUUUGGACCAGGAGCGGGCGCAGCAUCUGCUGGUUUAUUAAUGGUUGCACCUCAGACCAGAGACAUUGUCACCAAAGUUAUAGCUCAGAGUGGUUCGGCUAUGGCAGAUUGGGCACUAAUUGUAGACAAAUAUCGAGCACAAAAUACAAGUCGCGUCUUUGGACAGUUAUUAGGAUGUAGCAUUGACUCAUCUUGGAAACUUGUGACCUGCCUUCGACAAGGUCGGAAUUUCUAUGAAUUAGGAAAUGCAGAAUUCCAGCCUCAAGUGGGAACAUUUCCUUGGGGUCCAGUUUUGGACGUUAAUAUGACGAUACCUGGUGAUGAUUGGUAUGAAGGCUGGAAAGAACAAGAUUGGCACUUUUUAAAAGAAACGCCAGAAGAACUAGUGAAAAGGGGGGCUUUCAAUCGUGGAUUACAAUACAUGAGUGGCGUCACUACACAGGAAGCUGCCUUUGUCAUAUAUGAAAAUGAAACGCUUGCACCGUAUUUUGAAGUAGACGAAUUGUUUUUUGAGCAGAAAGUUAAAGAGCUAGUGUUUCGGUACAAUUACACUUUGAAUCCAGAAGGUGUUUAUGAAGCUAUUAAAUACAUGUACACUUACUGGCCAGCUCCAAAAAAUCAAACACUCAUUAGAGAACAAUAUAUAAAUAUGUUGUCAGACUUUUUGUACAGAGCACCUAGUGAUAAAAUGGCAAAGCUUUUACUUGAAAAAGGAGUACCCGUUUACAUGUAUGUUCUGAAUACUACCAUAGAAGCUUUUAAUCUGCCAGAAUGGAGAAAGGUUCCUCAUGACACUGAAUUGUAUUUAUUAACGGGAGCACCAUUUAUGGAUAUCGAAUUCUUUCCUUCAAAACUUCGUUGGGAUCGAAACAUGUGGACACCGAAUGAUAGAAAUAUGAGCCACUUUUUUAUGAAAGCUUACUCAGAUUUUGCUAGAUAUGGGAAUCCGUCCCAUCAACAAAUUUUGGGAUUGCACUUUGAAAAAGCACGAGCAGGAGAACUAACUUAUUUGAACAUAAAUACUACCUACAAUUCUUCCAUAAUGUUAAACUACAGACAGACUGAGAUGGCUUUUUGGAGUCAGUACCUUCCUACAGUUAUAGGUCAAUUAGUACCCACAUACCCACCAUCAACAGAGUAUUGGUGGGAGCCAAAAGAACCCUUGCAAAUUGCGUUUUGGAGUAUGUCUGCGGCCUGUUUAUUGCUUUUUGUGAUGGUUGUAGUAUGUUGCAUAUUAUGGAGAAAUGCUAAGAGGGAAGGCGAUCGUUACUACAGUGAUGCUGGCGAUCUGUUUAUGAUGCCUGAAGAUGUCCAUAGAGAUGGGGUAGGCGGAAUAGAAAACCAUAGCACCAGACAAAAAUCUCGCGAAAACAUAUAUGAAUACCGUGAUACGCCGACCUCGCUUGUGGAGCGUCACAUAUCAGGAGGAAGGGCGCCAUCUUCAUCAAGACCACCUUCCAGUGCAGCUACCACUUGCCCAGCGAGAUCAGCUUCUCAAGGAUCUCUAGGAACUAGCAGCAGUGCUGUAAGUCUCAAAGAUUGUGUGACUAGCAGUCCAAAUCCUACUGAAACUAAUAGAAAGAUGGCAGGCACCCCAGUUAUGGGAAGCAAAAAAGGCCAAAGCAGAAGUAGGACUCAAUUGGUUCAAGGAGUGCCACAAACUGAAGUUUGAUUAAAACAAUAAAAUUUGUGUAGAAGUGUGCAUGAAAUUCAGUGGUCUGCAGUGAAUUUUAUAUGUAAGUGUGAUACUGUUGAAGAUUUAACUAGUACUUGAAAAUGUGUAAAAGAAACAUUUUAAAAUAAUUUAGCGAGCGAAGAACAAUUUGCAUGGGUAAAACCAUGUAUCAAAAUGAACGCUGAUUGAAAACUAACAAAGAGAAUGAUGUUGAACAUGCAAAAGUUAAAAUUAAAGCAAAUAUAAAAGAAGUAUCAACAUAAUUUAAUAACACUAUGUUGUUACUAAAUUAAUUAUGUAUAAACUAUAGAAGAUUGAUAUGAUUAACACAAAAUUAGGACGAGUAAUUAAGGGUAAAUGAGUAUGAACAAGUGAUAUUAUCUUGUUGAUUUAGCGAGAUCUCGUAGUAACUUAAGAGUAAAACUUUUAAAACAAAGUGUUCAAAGAAAAUAAAAUUGUAACAUGUGAAUCUAAUGAAUUGUGCAUAGAUAUCACAAGGUUUUUAUAUUUAUAGUUUAUAGAAUUAGUUAAGGAAAUUCAAAUACUUAUACAAGCUUCAAUGUUAAGGUGCAAUGUGUAUAUACAUAUGUAACAUGAUAUAGAACUCUUGCAAGGGGACCAGCCAUGUAGUCAUAAGCUAAUAUAAGUUCUUUAGAAUUGUGAAUACUGCAUAGUAUUACUUCAUUACCGUACCA